AUGGCUAACGUAGAUGCAGGGAAGGUGGUAGGACGUGAUUUUGGUCAGAAGGUCCCGCCACUGGCUCUUUUGCUGAAAGACAUACUAGCACGGUAUCCCGAAGGGGGACAAAUUUUGAAGGAGUUGAUACAGAAUGCAGACGAUGCCGGAGCCACUGAAGUGAAAUUUUUGCUUGAUGCAAGAGAGAAUGCAUACGGUUCGAAACGUCUGGUGAAUGAGACACUGGGAAAAUACCAAGGUCCUGCUCUGUACGCUCAAAACAAUGCUGUGUUUGAACCCGAGGACUGGGAUGGCAUCCAGAGGCCUUAUGACAGUGUGAAGAAAGAUGAUCCCAUGAAAGUUGGCAAAUUUGGAAUUGGAUUUAAUUCAAUUUAUCACAUAACAGAUCUUCCUAGUGUUGUUAGUGGGAACAAGAUUGCAUUCUUUGAUCCUCUCCAGGAGCAUUUUGGAGGCACAACUGGGAGACUGUUUCUAUUUGAGGAGGCAAGAAGGCAGGAAUAUGCUGAUCAGUUUCGACCAUUUGAAGUUCUUGAUUGUUGCAUAUCGCAAAAUGAGUACAAUGGUACCCUAUUUAGAUUUCCAUUGCGCCAAACACCAUCACCAGAUCUUUCAUCUAACAUUUGCACUUUACAAAGAAUGCGUGAGCUGUUCCAGUCAUUUCAAGUUGAUGCUCAUCUUGUUUUGCUCUUUCUCAAGACAGUAGAGGUGAUAUCUGUCUAUGAGUGGCUACCAGAUAAGAUAGCUGCUCAAGAAGUUUUUAAAGUCGGUUUUUCAGAAGUAACAAAGACAGUUAUUCGAAAAGAAAGGAAAGAUAUUGUGGGCAAAAUAUCAACAGGAAAACUUGAAGCAGGAUUUGUCUUGUCUAGCCCUUUUCGGGUAAGUAUUACAUGCACAUCUCAUAGAAAUCAUGCAGUCACUCAAGAGUGGUUAGUUGAAAAUUAUAUUAGUACAGCUGACCCUCAAGUUCAUUCAAUGGCAAGUAAAUUGGCACAAAUUCCAUGGGUGGGACUUGCUGUUCCAAUUGGUAAAAAAACAGAACAUGGAACAAAGUUGGGAAGGAUCUUUUGUUUUCUUCCAUUGCCACCCAGUGAUGAUGCAGAUAGUAAUAGUGGCCUACCUGUUCAUGUUCAUGGUUCAUUUAGUGUGGCUGAUAAUCGCAGAAGUCUCAAAUGGCCAGCAAAAGACAGAACGAAAGAUGAGAAGGCAGAAUGGAAUUGUUUGCUAGCUCAGCAGCUCAUACCACAAGCGUACAUUUCUCUGAUUCGUUGUUCCAUUGAACUUGAUCGUGCAUUGGUUUCUGUGGCAGAUAUUUAUGCCAUGUGGCCUGACAUUGACCGUGUACAGUAUCAUUGGUCACAGUAUGUGAUACCGCCUCUUCUGACCUCUUUAUCUCAGUGUAAAGUACUGUAUGGUCUUGGUGUGUCGGAAGGUGUAUGGGAAUCAGUUGAAAGUGUACUUGUCAGCGACAAUGCUGAGAAAUCACUACGUUUAGAUGAAUCAGUUGCAAUACAAGAAAUGAAGAGAAUUGGUCACAAAGUUGCAUUUCCUACUGCCAAUGUUGCAUCUUGUUUGACUAGAAUAGAAAAUGAGGAUGGUGUGGGUGGCAGGCAAAUAUGUCCUGAUUAUGUGAGAGAUGAACUGAGAAAAAGUAACCGUUAUGAAAAGAUGCAACCGCACAACAAAAUCCAAUUGUUGAAAUAUGUACUAAGGGAUUACCAUUUUGACAGAUUAGUUGGCUUAUGUUUGCUACCACUAGGUGAUGGGACAUUUACAACAUUCUCACUCUCAGGUUGUUCAACAGUGUAUCUUGAAUCUUCAUCAUGUCCAAGGUCACUGUUUCCUGGUCAAGAUGCAAAGUUUUUGGAUGAGAAGAUUGAUAAGGGUGUUUAUGCUACUUUGAGCAAAGUUGCUGCUACAGGGUUUACACAACUGAAAGCAAUUCAGUCUAGUGACGUACCAUCUCUUGUAUCCGAAGUGCUGUCACCAGUACAAGAGCUUGGGGGCUUAGCUGUAAAUUGUAGUCCUGAGAAAAUAGGAGAUAGGUUAACUGACAACUGGAUUGCUGAAUUAUGGUUAUGGAUUAAUCAAAACAUCUCUAAUGUUUCACUGAAGGAGUUUGAGAAUUUGUUUAUUGUUCCAGUUACCUCAACUCAUGGGGUGAAGAAGCUCAUGAAGCUGGUGUCUGGGUUUUCUGCAAUCUUUGCUAAACUUCCACAUUUUGAUUUAUGGAUUAAUGAAGACUUGGCAAGAGGACUUGAAAAUUUGGGCUGUACAGUUUUGUACAAUUCACCUGAGUAUCUUGUGUCUUGCAGUGACUUGUGGAAUACAUAUGUUUGUCAGCCAGUACACAUACUUACUUGCAUCUCUCGAGCAACUAACUUUAUCUCUAUGUGUCAUGUGUUAACUCAAGCACAAAGAAAUGAACUGCUUCGUGUUGUGGCUGCAGCUGUUCGAAUCAGGCAUCCUUCAGAUGAUGAAAUAAACGUUCUAACAGUUCUUCCUAUUUUUCGUCAAUGGGGAAAGGAAAAUCUUGAAUCCUUGUCUUCCUCAGAAUCCUGCAAUCAAGUAGCACCAGCAGAACUCGAGGAGACUCUACCCAUUCAAGCAACUCUAAUUGCAAGUCCUAGUUCAGAGACAAGUCAGAUAAUGGGGUUUGUUUGUGGUGCCUAUGAUCAACUUACUCUAGAAGAAGUUUUUGACGAGUUUGUUUUUAGUCAGUUUCAAAUGUAUACCAGUGAUGUCAAAGAGAAGCUAAUUAUGUUUGCUCUGGACAACAUUCACUUAAUGAGCAGUGAUGCUUGUCAGAGUAUGACAUCUCUUGCUUUUAUUAAAACUAGUGAUGAUCAACUAAGAGCUCCUAAUGAAGUUUUUAGUCCAAAUGAACGCUAUGUUUCAGAGUUAUAUGAAGAUCAGUGUGUCUUUCCUGUUGGCUCUUUUGCCUUGAACAGCAAAUAUGGUGAUUUACUCUAUCAACAUGUUGGUCUUCGAAAACUGAGUGAUAUUACUGCAGAUGAAUUGUAUUUUUUGGCCGAACGUAUUGCUGCAAAGAAGAGUAAGCCCAUGGCGAAAACUCUACUGAAAGUACUGAAUAAAGAGGAUUGGGCUCAACAACUCUUACAAACGUAUAGAAGUAAUCAGACGAUAUGUUGGCAGGCAUUGGCUUCUGUAGCUUGGAUACCCGUCAUUGAACACAGUUCUUCUAUUAUUGCAUUUGGUAUGCCGUGGACUUGCUCUAGUCCAACUUGCUUGCCUAGUUGUGUUGUUGUACCAUCUGUUGACCUCAGCUCGGAAAGGCUUCAGUUGGCAGUUGGAACUCAGUUGGCUAUCCUUGACUAUACAUCAGUUAUAUCUCCAAGUGUAGUCAACUUUCUUUCGUGUGCUUCCUUGACUAUUGUUUAUGAGGCAGCAAUCAAACAACUUAUUGUAGCUCACAAUCUAUGGAAAACCAAAUCAAUCGAAGAAAGUGGGCGAGAAAAGUUUGACAGAAUGCUUCAAGAAGUCUUCAGUACACUGGGAUCUGCUUUCUGUAGUUCGUUUGCAACAGUUAUUUUAGACGGUCUCAAGUCUGCACCUGCUGACUGGGUGUGGUUGAAUGGAUCACAAGGUUUUAUACGUCCUGAACAAUUGGCUGUUUCCAGCGCCUUUCCCGGAUCACUAGAGCCAUGGCUUUAUGAAAUUGGGCAUUAUUCUCAUUUGAAUGAUUGUAGUACACUUCUCAAGACAAGUGGAAUGAAAUCAAAGUUUGAAGAAGAAGACAUUCUGUCUGUUUUACCUUCAAUGAAAGCAUUCUAUGAUAGCUCUACUUUCCAAUUGGAGCACAAGAAGAUGGAACGUGACUUAGAACUGACAAUUACAAUUCUCAACUUGUUGACUAGAGAUCGACCAAUCCUUCCACGAAGCCUUCAACAAAACUUACUUGUUCCUGUGGACAGGGAAGACAAUGUUCUAGAAUUGUGUCCUUGCUCAGAAUUGAUGUAUUGUGAUGCUGAGUGGCUUCGUCGUAGUGAUGACUUAGAAGUUGCAGAUUAUCGCCUUAUUCACAAGCAGGUAUCUUCUGAUACUGCGUACAAAUUAGGUGUGCCAUCUCUUAGCAAUCGUCUGGCCCCAUCCGAGGAGCUACCUUUCGAACAGUUGGGACCCCACGAGUCACUGACUCUAAGACUGAAGAAUAUUUUGAAAGAAUACAAAGACGAUGCUGGAAUAUUCAAAGAAUUGCUUCAAAAUGCUGAUGAUGCUGAAGCAACGAGCGUCAAGUUCCUUGUAGAUUGGAGACAACACGAUCAAUUUAAAAGUUCAUUGCUUGCUCCAGGAAUGAGCAAAUGCCAGGGACCUGCCUUGUGGGCUUUCAAUGACUCUGUGUUCUCUGACGAUGAUUUCGUCAAUAUCUCAAAGCUGGCUGCUGCUACGAAACAAUCAAAACUAGAAAAAAUUGGACGAUUUGGAUUGGGUUUCACAUCUGUCUAUCAUAUAACUGAUGUGCCUAGUUUUGUUAGUCGUCGAUAUGUGGUGAUAUUUGAUCCUCACAAGAGUCAUCUCGGAAAUCACAUCAGAAACCCAUCUCAGCCUGGUAUCAAAAUUGACUUUGUGCAAAGACCCAUUGGCCAGCGAUUUCCUGAUCAGUUUCAACCUUAUGGUGAUGUCUUUGGAUGCAACUUAGUAAAUUGCGCUGAGUUUAAUGGAACUCUAUUUCGCUUUCCUUUUCGAACUAACGAACAAGCUGCUGUGAAUGAGAUAAAGAAUGAAGCCUAUGAUGAAGAUCGAGUUAAAGCGUCAUUGCGAGCAUUGCAAGAAGUGUGCGGAAAGCUGCUAAUUUUUCUUCAACAUGUCAAGUCGGUUGAAGUGUUCGAAUUGAAGUCAGAUGCAGUCAGUCCUUCAGACAUGAGACAGAUUUUGUCUGUCCAAGCAGGAGCAGAGGCAUCUAGCAGUCUUUUGUCUCAUCAGGAAUUGUUGACGUCCAUAUGUAGUCAAGUAGAACGAGGACGUUUCGAAAAUACUGCUGGUUGUUCGUCAACUUGUGCAAUCAAAUGGCGUAACUUUCAUACAAACGAGGUGCGUAUUGCAAACUGGUUGGUUUCUUCAGAUGGAGGCAAAGGCGAUGCUUUUCAAUUUUCGCGCGAACAUGGUGGUCAUGAGCGUAGAUUUGUUCCGUUUGCCAGUGUCGCCGUUGAAUUGAGCGAGAAUGGUGUACCUUGUGCUGUUGAUGGAGAAACGUUUUGUUUUCUUCCGCUCUCAGAAAGAACGGGUUUGCCUUUGCACGUAAAUGGUAUGUUUGCCGUUCUAUCUAAUCGUCGUGGUAUCUGGUGGCACGGAACAGACGAAACACGAAUUGGAGGCAAAACAGAUGUUGAAGCAGAAUGGAACGAGAAUUUGAUCAGUGAUUGUUUGGUUGAGUCGUACAUCUUGUUGUUGAAGCAUUCGUCUGACCGUUUAGACUACAGAGAGGAAGUUCACAUUGAUUCAUCGCAUUAUUACGCUUUGUGGCCCAAUGAAACGAAUCUUCAUCAUGCAGCUUGGGCGACUUUCGUUUCUCAGUUUUAUAAAAACGUUGUAAACGGAACUGAGACGCUCUUUCCCAGCAUGAGCAAUGAUGACUUCAAGUUGAUUUCACUACGUGAUUGUGUGAUUUUAUCUAAUUCUGUAAGGGAAAUGUUGCCACACGCACAACAGAUCAUGAAACAAGUUUGUCCAAGCUAUGUUGAAUUGCCAAAACAUGUGUGGAAUGGUCUUCACAAAGCUAACAGUAAUAUAAUGGAAACUGUAACUGUUGGGGAAGAGAAGUUUAUUUUGAAAUGGUUUGCACCUCACGUGCAGAAAAUGAACUUUGAGAUUCGGGAUGAUUUGUUGAAGAAAUUGUUGACUCGUGUUCUUACGACUGAUCAUCUUAUUUUCUGUCUGAGCAACUUAGCUAUAUUUCCAUGUUGUCCUGAUGGACAAAUGCUACGCGCUGCAUCAGAUAUGAUUGACCCCAAUUGUGAUGAAGCUGAACUAUUUGAAGAGGAAGAAAAGAAGUUUCCUGUUGAAUCAUUGUGUGUCAGCGACGAGUUAGUUCUUGCUUUUAGAAAAUUGGGAAUGAAAUCUACAGGUUCCUUUACUUGGGAGAACGUAGUAGAGAGAAGUGCAACUGUGGAGACAUUGGAGAAAGUCAGUCACACGCAAGCGAACCGGAGAAUUGGAGCUCUAGUAAAGCUUAUUGAUAGUUUGUGUAAGAAACCAGAGCAGUGUUCAGUUGAUCACUUGGAGCUGCUUAGAAAUACGCCUUUUCUAUUGGUAGAAAGCUGUCCAAAAGAUUACCCAAUUGUGUGGUACGCGGAUCAACAGCGCGAUCGAAGGGUUGUUACUCCUGUUGAAGGUUACACUUGGAAAUUUAGAUACGCAGUUGGCUCUCAGGCAUAUAUUAUUGAUAGUUCUCUUCAUGGUGUUAGGUUUUCUGCCGUGAUUGAUUUGCUAGGUCUCAGUUCCUUACCUCCUUUGUCAAUGUUGAUUAUGCAAUUAGACUUGGUAAUUGCAGCCUUUCAAGAAGUUGGAACGAACACAUCAUCUCUUAUGGAAAUCAUUGACAUGUUGUACAAAGAUCUGCAGCGCAGAUACGACGAAGAUGAAGCAGACGAUAUUGUGACUCAACUUUAUGGCAAGACGUGGAUUGUUGUGGAAGGUCAUGCAAUGAAGUCUAACCAGUUGGCUUUUGAGUGGAGGAAAAGUGCACCACCGUAUCUUUCCAGCGUUCCGAGUGAACUCUCACACAUGAAGAGGUUGUUGGAAGAUACCGGAGUGCAAAAGGUAUUUCAACCUGAACAUUUCGUUAUUGCAUUGCAGCAAAUUUGUGCAGCAGCAAAUGGAAAACGACUGAGAGAACCACUUGUUAGUUAUGUUGAGCAUCUAAUUAUUCCUGAGUUUGCUAGUUUGACUAAGAGUGACUUGAAAAUAUUUCGAGGUAACUUGGAAGUUCCUUUGUUAUCGGAAGAUGGGCGUUUGAUUGCAGCUUCCGAGUUAGCGUACAAUGAUGCUCCGUGGAUGGAUAGUUUGCUAACAGGAGAACACGUGUACGUGCAUUCUUGUGUACCGCGAGUUACUGCAGAGCGUCUUGGAGUAAAACUAGUGAGAGACACGGUGCUUGACAGUUACGCUCGUGAUAUACCUGGCAUAGAAUUUGGUCAGCAUGAGUCUCUUACGAAGCGCCUUAAGAACAUUUUAGAGGGCUAUCCAGCUGACGAAGGGAUUCUGAAAGAACUACUGCAAAACGCUGAUGAUGCCAAGGCGACGGAAAUACACGUUAUCUUAGAUCAACGGCAGUACAAGAGAACACGUGUAUUUUCUGAUCGUUGGAAGUCGUUACAAGGGCCUGCCAUUUGUGUGUACAACAACCGACCGUUUACUGAUAAAGACAUCGAAGGAAUUCAGAAUCUUGGAAGAGGUAGUAAAAGUGAUGAUCCUUCACUUACUGGACAAUAUGGAAUCGGUUUCAAUGCUGUCUAUCAUUUGACUGAUUGUCCAUCUUUUCUUUCUGACAACAAAAAACUUUGUGUGUUGGAUCCUCAUUGUCGUUACGUACGUGGAGCUACUAAAGAGAGACCGGGAAGGUUGUUUGAUACAGACGAAAAAUUUUGGAAUCAGUUUUGUGAUAUCUGGGAUUGCUACACAUCCAUUGAUGGAAUAACAUUGGAAGGUGGAACUCUGUUUAGACUUCCGUUACGAACGAAAGAAAUGGCAGAUAUCUCAGAAGUUAGCGAAAACGUGUUCGACACUAAACGUGUAGAGGGGCUGAUGACCAUGUUCAAGGAAAGCGCACCGAGCAUGUUACUGUUUCUCAACAACAUUAAAUGUAUUAAGUUGACUUCCAUCUCCAAGGAUUCUUUAGGCAUUAAGUGUUAUGAAGUGAAGGCCACUCUUUCUUCUAGGGCUGAAGAAGAACGUCAGAGAAUGUCAAAGAUAGUUGCAGACAGUAAGUGCAAACCAACAGCCGACAUUGAGUACGCUACUGCGUUUUAUGAACUUGACAUACACGAGUCUGAAGACUUAGGGAAAGUGUGCAUGUCAGGACAUGCACCGAUUGAAGAAGGACAAUGGCUAGUUCAUCAUUCUAUAGGGAUACCGCAUCGUCAUGACUCAGUGUGUGUCGAAGAAGGCUGUAGGAUGUCUUUGCUACCUCGUGUAGGAAUAGCUGCUCCUAUAAGGCGCCGUCUUCGUCCUGCACAAACUAACUUGUUCUGUUUUCUGCCUCUUCCAGUGAAGUGGAAGCUCCCUGUUCAAAUAAACGGUCAUUUUGCUUUGGAUUCAACGAGACGUGCAUUGUGGUAUGAUUCAAAAGAGUCACAUCGGUCGGUCAAGCAGAGAUGGAAUGAAUGUCUCAUCAAGUUUGUAGUGGCACCAGCGUACGCCAGAUUUCUUAUAGAAGCUCGCCGUUUCGUGACUAUUUAUCAAGAAGGGAUUGACACACAUGCCUGUUUACGUAAGAAUCUGGAAUGGUUUCAUCACUUGCUACCUUUGAAUAUUGGUAAGGGUAGUGGAUUGGCGUAUUUGGAUUUGCUCGUGCAGGAAUUGUACGUAUACAUCAUCGAACACAAUUACCGUUUAUUGCCUUACACAGGAGAGCCAGCUGUUCCUCUUCAUGAAUAUAUCAGAAAGUCUACUGAAGAGCAGCAGAAGGUAAUGAAGAAGCUGCUUCCAGCAGAAUCUGGUGAUAUCAAAUUCGCAUCACUUGAGUGGCUUGAAAUUGGAAAGAAAACAGAUACUGGUAUGUUGACGGCGUACUUUUCUGGUUUUGAUAACGAAGAUGGAGAUGGCUAUGCUCUUAACGUAUUUCUAUUGCGAUGCGGAUUUCCUAUUGUACUGUCGCCGCCUACUCUACAUGCUGCCAUUUUAAAUGCAAAAAAGGAUGCAAUUGUUGAGUGUGUAAAUCCUGAAGCAGUACAUAUGUUUUUGAAAAAUUAUCAAACGGCUGGGUCUUCCUGUCGGCUUCAACUUGGUAGCGUAGAAGACACCAUUUUGAAGAGUUGUGAAGCGGUCAAAUUGUUGCUCGAGUAUGUGUUGAAAGCAAGUAUUAAAAUUAAGCGUGAUACGACUAGUGAUGCGAAGUGUGAUACAAGUUACUUGAGUGGUCUUCCUCUUCUUGUUACUGCUGAUGGUCGACUAUGCCAGUUUUCUACAUCUUCAACUGUAUUUGUUUCUGGGUACAGUAGUCUUUUACCUAAAGGUCGGCACUUGUUUGUGCACCGUGAGCUUCGCAGUACGGUACGAAGUUUUACAGAUCCCGUCUGGAAGAAACUGAGUCCUAGUGAUUUGGUUCAUUACUUGCCGGAUCAAGAUAUAUUUCCUCCUGACUGGUUAGUGAGUCAUCACUACAGGAAGUGGGACCCAGACGUCGGUCCAAGUAAGGAGUGGAUCACUAAACUGUGGUCGUAUUUGAUGAAAUGCACAAAGUUGAGCAACUCUAUUGAGUGUUUGAAAGCUUUACCGAUCAUUUCGGUUGGUGAUGGUAGUAUGUUGGUUCCGCCUUAUUUGUCAUACACUGUAUUUUGGUCAUUACCAACGACAUCGCAAUCACCGUUUGCAUACGUGUGUCAAGCAUUGCUAAACCUUGGUGUUGUCUAUGUGGACUCGUUUAUUACUUCUCAACUUCAAGAACAUCAUUUAGAGCGAGUUUUAAAAUUUGCAGUUAUUGACAACGUUCUCUCGGUAGUGAAAGCACUUCAGUAUUUAUAUACUAGCCGUUGUCCGGAAGUAACGUCAGUCAGCGAUGCAGAGAAAAUUCUUAAGUAUUUUCAAAACAGUACUAUGGAUUUAUUAACCGUCAACAUCUUACGACAACUGCCAUUGUUUGAGACCGUGGAUAGGAAGCUAGUGGCUGUACCAACAGUUAGUAAUGCGUGCACGUUGUUGGAUUUGCCCGACUCUGGAAGAGAUAAAUGGAUGUCAAUUGCACCUUGCAUUUUUCUCCACCGCAAGAUUCUAUUUGACGAUUUAUACAAAAGACUCGGUUUACAUGACAAGUCAACAACUGAUGUAUACUUAAACUACAUUUUACCGUGUUUUAAUCGUAUGUCUCAAAGUGAUCGUGUUGUACAUCUAGUUUUCUUGAUGAACCUCGAUGUUAUUGAAGCGAACAAAUUAACCCCGUUCACUGUCCGUUUACGCUGUACGCCUUGCUUUGACUACGGAAGUGAAAUCAGAAGAGUUUCAGACUUUUACCAUCCUGGAGUUCAAGUUUUUGCUUUGAUGCUACCGAAUGAGAAGUUUCCUCCCACACCUCCUGAAUCUGUUCUACCUUCCAAUGAAACACCAAAGUGGUUGUUAUUUCUUAUAAAAUUAGGAUUAAAGAUGGUGUGCUCUACUUCGGAAUUUCUUGAUUUUGCUGUGGUAUUGGAGGACGAGGCGUUGACUUGGAAACAAGAGGGGCGAGAACCGGACGGCUACGAGGUUUGGAAUAAAACAUCGACUGCAAUGGUGUCUCAUCUUGCGGACUGUAUGCAGACGUUUUGGAACGAUCGUAAAUUUAUAUCAACAGUCCGGGAAAUUCGGUUCCUUCCGGUAGUGACGGUUAGCAGGGAAUUGGAGCAACUGGCUUUGCCGUUUUACAAACGCGAUAAGGCAGUCAACUACGCUACCAGUUAUAGUGAAGGAGUAAAGUUUUCUAGAGACAACGAAAAUCUCUGUUGGACUUCUCAAGCGUUGGUAAAGGAACCAUGGUCGCAAUAUCAGAGAACAGAAGUUCUUCGUCGUGGUCUUAGUAUUCAAAUGAUUCCUAGUCUUACGUCAGUGCUCUCUCAUUUUUGCUACUUAAUUGACGCAGCCAAACAAAACAUUCAGCCCGAGAAAGAGGCACCAAAGAAUAUUGUUAACCGUUUGGUAGACAGUCUGUCUUUUGUAUUUGGCCAUCUAAGUAAAAUUUUCUCUGAUUCCACCUUACCAGAGCUUUCGCCAUUUGCUGAUUUACGUAACAACAAGUGUUUCACGAAAGGCCUUUCAGCUGACUGUGGACGAGUAGUCGAUUUCUUGACAUCACGUCAAUGUAUCUUUCUAAAGGACAAACAGAUGUUUGUUAAACCUCAUCAAUGUGUUGUUGUUAUUCGUAAUGAAUUUCAUCCUUAUCUCUUUCGCUGUCCUUCUUAUUUGGCACCAUAUCAUCGCCUGCUGAAACGAAUUGGAGUGGAAGACGAAGUACGUCCAUUUCAUUGUGCCAGGAUUUUGGAAUCCAUUCAACAACAGUGCCGCUAUGGUGAGGACGAGUUACCCGGAGAUGCUAACAUGUUGCAGCCUGUUGUGAAACUGUUGUUUGAAACACUGAAAUCUGAAAUUAGAUCUGUGGCUGGAAAGCCGAUUAGAUUUUCUCAAGUUGACAUAAAGAUUGCUCUUAAGCCUCUCUUCUUGCCAAGUCGUGACAACAUGCUGGUAUCAUCACAAGAGCUUGUGUAUUUGGAUUUGUUUCAUUUGGAUAAACAGGUUGAAGGUCUUCGCUAUCAGUUCCUGAUAGAUUUGAGAAGGUGUGGUCUCUCUUCUCUUGCUGAAGAGACCGUUGACCUUCUUCCUGAAAGCAUAAGACCGCGCAAACUGUCGACGUUGACUGUAGAAGUUUUAGAUCCUCAGUGCCGUUUAAGUAUGAAUAAGGUGGUUUUACAAGAGGAGGACGUGAGUGCUGCAGCUGCAAUGUAUGAGGAUCAUUUGACUUCUAGUUACUUUGUUAAAGGAAUUCGAAGUAUUUACAUUAAUAGCAGAAAGGAAUCUACCAUUCCGGAAACGUUGCAUCGCGGUCUCGAUAUCCUCAGGAAUCGAUUUCAUGUCAAGUGUUUACCAGAGAUUCGGACUUGCUUGCAAACAGUAGCAGGUGAGUUAUUAGAGCUGAAUGGUAGCAGGAAACGGUGUUUUCUUGAACAAUCACGUUUAGAGUCAACUUUGUAUGUUGAGGCAAAGGCAAUAAAAGGGAAGGCGCACAUCAAUUUGUUUGUCUUGAUCGUGCGGGAGCUGCAAAUGCUGCUCCAGACUCAGCUUCCUGAAAGUUGUUUGCUUGCUAUCGCAUCAUGUGAGAAUGCACAUCUAAUACCAAGUAUACUCGGCGACUUGGGCAUUCCUUACGAAUAUGAUGAUGAUGAAGAUCCUGAAGAAAUCACUGUUACAGAGAAUCGUCGUUACCGUCCCGGUAUGGAAGUUAUUCCCAGCCAUCUGGAGAUUAUCCGUCAAUCACCUCUCGGGUACAGGUUUAAUGUAGACGAAUGGGUAGCGUACGAGGUAGACAGCAACCGUUUUAUCUAUGCCGUCGUUCUUUAUCAAGCAUGCUGCGAGGACGACAUGGAGUCGGAGUUGGAGACACGUUACGGUAUUGAUGUGGGAGACGAAGAACCGGUAGUGGUUAGUGUUCUUUUAUUGUAUGCCUUCGUUAGGAAUACAGAGGUCGACUCCGAAGGUUGUGUGGUCUUGAGAGAUGAUUCACAACCCAGCAGUGGCUCCACUGCAGCUGCUGAUACUCCGACGACAUUAGAAGGCAAGAAGGAUUUGGUUAGGAGACAAAUGCAGGAGAUAUGGAAACUUCCUGCUUUGGACAGAAAAAGGGCAAUUCGGCGAAUGUAUUUGGAGUGGCAUCCCGAUAAAACGGACGAUCCUGAUGCUGAAGAAGUGUUCAAGUUUUUGCUAAACGAGAUCGAACGUUUCGAGAGAGGAGGUGAUAGUCAGUCAGAUGAUGUCUCGUACAGUAGGCACUACUCAAGCUGGAACUCGUUUGCUAAGCAGCACCGCAGACGUCAUCGAUCGUCGUCGUCGUACAGUUUCCCACCUCCUCCUACCUAUUAUUCUAGCUCUAGCUCUAGCAGUCAUUCUAGUUCUGGUCAUCGUCGACAGGGCGGCACCUCUGGUCCUAGUGAGACACAGCUGUUUCCCAAUCGAAUUCGAGGUCUUAUGUUUGUGGAGCAGGCAAAGGCAGAUCUCGGCGCAGCGGAGGCAUUGUUUUCUGCCGGUUCUGACGACUCACGAAGGUACGCUGCCGUCUGCUUCUUUUGCCACGAGGUUGUAGAGAAAGCCUUGAAAGGACUCUUGUUUAUAUUUCGAGGCAUUCCAGAGGAUCGUCGGAUAAAGCACAACAUUGGCUUUUUCCUUGGAGCGGGAGAUUUGCCCGGAUGUCCGAGCACUCUGAAGUGGAAUGCUUCAAUGAUUAGCGACAGUUACUACCUUGAUACUCGCUAUCCAGAUCGGGAAAACCGUGUUCCUGCUACCGUCUACUCUUGCCAAGACGCGGAAUAUGCUUUGAAUGGCGCAAGAGGAGUGAUAGAAGAUACCAGAAAUUUUCUUGGUGACAACGAUUAAUGUCAAUAUGGUGAAGACCUUCAUUAUUGAAAAACGUAUGUCUGUACAAGGUUUGGCGUUUUUACAGCGUAUUUUUUGUUAAAAUAUGUUGUAAUUGUAUGUUUGUUUAAUUAGUAUUUUGGGUGGUCUACUGCAUGGUAUGUAUGCAUGUCAAUGUGAAACUGAAUGUAUGUCUGCUGCAUUUGAUAUCUUUAAUUUUAAUUAUAGGUUAUUCUCUAUAAUCAAUAUUACUAUUUGACAGUG